UGUAGAAUUCACUCAUUUUCAGACAAAAACCCUAAAAAAGUUGAGGGAAGACAAAUUUGCAGUAGGAGAGAGGGGAAAUGGCUACCAAGCAAAACCCUAAGAAGGCCAAUCUUUUGGAUCAUCACUCCAUCAAACACAUUCUUGAUGAGUCUGUCACCGAAAUCGUGACUACCAAAGGGUAUCCGGAAGACGUGAGGAUGAGUAACAUUCGCUUGUUAAUUGGGGUGAUCAUCAUUGUCGUCGCACUUUUUGCGCAGUUUUACAACAAGAAGUUUCCUGAGAACCGGAAUUUCCUCAUAGGUUGCAUCGCGUUGUAUGUUGUACUCAAUGGGAUAUUACAACUGAUUAUAUACUUCAAGGAAAAGAAUGCCAUCCUAUUCACCUAUCCACCACCAGGAUCUUUCAACUCGACUGGGUUAAUUGUCACAUCUAAGCUGCCAAGAUUCUCAGAUAUGUAUACACUUACCAUUGCCAGUGCGGAUCCCCAAUCAAUAUCUGCAAAACCACCAGUAGAAUUGACUAAAAGCGUGACUAAGUGGUUCACCGAGGAUGGAGUUUUGGUCGAGGGGCUUUUCUGGAAGGACGUCGAAGGAUUAAUAAAUGAAUAUGCCAAAGAAAGUAAAAAGAGCAAAUAGAGUUCAAAACUUGCAAUUUAGUCUGGUGGAUUUUGUUGGACAGAAACACAUGCAGACUAGUUUACUUAGUAUGGAUCACAGUAACUGAAAACUAAGUUUGGAUUUUGUACCCUGACAUUGGAUUUAUCCCGGAACAAAUAUAGGGGAGAAUUGAGUCUUAUGCUCAGCCUAUUAUAUUCUUAUGAUCAUCUUCUCCUUAGUUAA